UGAAAUUCAUGCGCAAUCUACCUUUCCACGUCGAACAUCUAGCUAUCUAGUCCGGUCCAGCUUCAGCUCACCAGUAAAUGUCAAAUAUUGGCGCGAGUCCUCCUAUGUUAUCAUCUCCUCCUACUCGCACAAUGAAUGGACUUUCUCUGGGUGAAACGAGGUCCUCUUUGGAUAGCGAACGGAGCAACCCUGCAUCCCCGAUACACGUCAAUGGUAAUGGUAGUGCACAGGCUGAACCGGAUGAAUCUCCGGACUCAAUAGAGAGGCUGCAGAGGGAACUUCAACGGACUAGAGAAGAAAAGGAGGCUUUGGCAACACAGUAUCGCAAUCUACUUGCUAAAUUGACGCAGAUGCGUACAACGUUAGGCAAUAAGCUAAAACAGGACGCUGAAGAGCUUGACCGCAGAGAACAACUGGUGCAACAGCUCACUGCGCAGAACGAUGAUUUGAAUUCUACGUUGGAGACUUUAAAAGAGGAGCUCAUUUCCGCUUCUGAGGAAUCAGCACGUACCGCGGCCGAGCUAGAUAAUAUGCGCAAUCGUGCCUUUCAAGAAACUACUCAUGAGAGUUUACUGCGAGAACGGGAACUACGGGAAACUCAAACCGAACUAGAACAAUGUAGACUGGAACGCGAUGAGUUGGAGAGGGUUGCAUUGCAAGAAAGAGCAUUUUCCGAAGAUGCCAGAUCAGCAGCUGAAUCAAUCACUAGGGAUCUGGAGCUGGAAAAAGAAAGGCGGGCAAGGGAGUUAGUUGAACUUGCGCUACAGCGAGAAAGGGGUGACAAUCUACAAUCCGUUUUGCAAGAUUUCCAAGCAGCAAAGGAACACGAGCUGCGGCAAGCUGUCAAAGACUAUGAAUCGCAAUUAAUUCAGGUCACUCAAUCGUUGGCAGAGUACAAACAUCGAGCAUUGACAGCAGAGACAAGUCUGGAAGAAUCGCAAACAAAUAAUUCACGGGCGCAAGAGCUGGAAAAGGAGGUAAAGGAAAAGACGGUCCUUGUCAAUAAGCUACGGCAUGAAGCUGUCAUAAUUAACGAGCAUCUAAUGGAGGCACUGCGCCGACUACGCAAGAAUUCUUCGGACACAAAUGUGGACAGACGACUAGUCACUAAUGUUCUUCUCUCUUUUCUGACUACCCCUCGGGCUGACGCUAAACGCUUCGAGAUGCUAUCAUUACUCUCCUCUAUCUUAUCUUGGUCGGAUAUUGAACGCGAAAAAGCUGGGCUACAACGAUCCCAUCAACCAAGUGUCAUAUCUCCUUCUUCAUCGUUCUGGCGCCGGACGUCCACAUCAGAUGGCCCAGGUAAAAGUGCAGAUUUACAAAAGACAGAUGAGACGGAGUCAUUUUCUCGUCUUUGGGUAGAAUUUCUACUGACAGAGGCGGCGGCUGGAGAGUCACAUUCUGCUGCCACUAGUCCGUCACGGGUGAACACUUCUCUACCCGGAAGUCCCACACUAAACGGGUUCCCAAGUUCAACUACCCUUAGCCCCCCAUCUCAUGGCUCACAACGGCGGUUAUCCUCUUUUGGUUCUGCUGCAAUGGCUAGCUCACCAAAUCUAUCCCUAGCUAAUAUGUCUCCGUCAUGGAAAGGGAAGGAAAAGGCGAUAUCGGAGAGUCAUACUUGAGCUCAAGAAGGCGAUGAUGGACGGAUGGUUGCGCAGAACAAUUUCUUAUCCUUUACUUAUUCCCAUACAGCAUCUGUUUUCAACUGCAUGUUUCGGAUCACUUGCAAGCGACAAUGUACUAUCAUAUCGUAUUCACAGCAAGAAUAGCGCGCAACUGAA